AACUCUUCAAACUGCCAGAAUGUAUUCGGCUCGAAUUACAGUGACAGCUCAACGAUGGCCAAUUCACAAACAACCACCCACCAAUCAACUACAACACCUGAUUCUCCGGUCUCGAAUUCGCUAGUGAAACCAACAGAAAUCAACACGGAGAAUUUGGUUACACCAGAUGAAAUGGCUGUAGUUGGAAUUUCGAAUCAUCGAAAUCUGUGCCUCAAUUGCGAUACUGGCAGUUUUAAUGCUAUCCUCCUCCGCUUAUGCGUGUUUCUUGCUCUGCCAGCCUCACUGGUAGCAAUCUCAACUGUAGUUUGGAUAUGUAGGCAGAUUCUGGGU